UAGGCGCUAGUGGCUGUGGUCGUACAGCUACGAAGGUCGGACCGCGAUCCUAGUAUCCUUUCCUACGGUGGCGUCGACGACAGUUUGAUCCUUUACCAUGAUAAACACUCAUCGUUGCAAUUCAUCGAUGGGUUGCUGGGCCAGCAUCAUCGUUUCCUCGUUCACAAAAUUCAUUAGGGGAAAGAUGGUUAUCGAUGAAACACGCUGUCGUGACCCACUGCUACAACCGGUAAAGAUCAUAACGGACCGCCACGAUCAUCUCUUACUGCGACCACCACCUUCAACUCCCUACCACAAUGCACCAUGAGAGGCAACUAAAGAGAGCGAAUCCCAAGACGAUCCAAGACAAGUUUCUCGUCGGAUAUCAAGGAUGGUUUACCUGUGGUGGGGAUGGCGAGCCAGUCGGUGAAGGUCACCAUGGCUGGCUCCAUUGGUUCAACUGUCCAAUCCCUGACGGUGGAAAACCCAAUAUCGAUGUCUGGCCCGACGUUUCUGCCUAUUCACCUUCAGAAUUAUUCCCCGCACCAGGGCUCAAGUUCCAAUCUGGAGAACAAGCGUUUUUAUUUUCUUCAAGACAUCCGAAAACUGUCAAGAGGCAUUUCCAUUGGAUGGCAGAACACGGUGUGGAUGGUGCUUUUCUACAGCGAUUUGCCGGAGAAGUCGACAUUGAAGGGGGCGCAGUCGGGAAUCUGCGUAUACGUGACGAAGUCGGAGACGCGGUGAUGCGUGCAGCAGAGGAAGAAGGGAGAGUCUUUGCCAUAAUGUAUGAUGUGACAGGCGCGCCACCAGACCGCAUACAACGAAUUCUAGAGCGAGAUUGGGUCCAUCUUAUCCGAGAGAAAGGCGUUCUCGACAGUCCAAACUAUCUCCACGAGAAGGGCAAACCCGUCAUUGCACUAUGGGGCUUCGGGUUUGCCGAGGCAGGGCAUACCCCACACCUCCUACGCGCUAUAACCAAUUCAAUACGGAAUCUUACGCCCGGAGGCGCGUACUUGAUGGCUGGUACACCCACACACUGGCGUACAUCUGAAAGUGACGCGGAUCCGGAUCCCGGAUUUCUAAACGUCUGGCUGAAUGAAUUUGAUGCGAUAUCCCCGUGGACGGUUGGACGAUAUCGAAGCGAUGAGGAUAUAGAGAGGUUUGCAGAGACGAAAAUGAAAGGCGAUAUAGACUUGCUGAAAAGACACGCGGAAAAUAGUGGUCGUAAGAUUGACUACAUACCCGUCGUCCUUCCUGGUAGUACCGGCUUUAACCUCACCGAAGGCAGGUGGACCUGGAAUGACAUGAAACGGAAAGGAGGUAGGUUCCUCUGGAAACAAAUAUUCCAUGCCAAACGGCUUGGUAUACGGACGAUGUAUGGAGCUAUGUGGGAUGAGUACGACGAAGGGACGGCGUUCAUGCCGAUUGUGGCCAAAAAGAGCAUGCUACCUCAAUCAGACAAGUAUAGCUUCAUGGCACUCGACGAAGAUGGUUAUGAUUUACCUCCAGACUGGUACAUGCGAAUCUGUGGUUUUGCUGCCGAAGGGUUACGCAGUGAACGAUUAAUUCACGAGACUUUUCCUGUAAAGGAACUUGAAGACUACUGGUCCACACGACCCAGGUAUGAAGAAGAUCCUGAGAAGAAGGAUAUAGAUGGGGAACAGGCAUAUCAAGCAUGGUCAUCCACUCAAAAAGAGGAGAAGGACGAACCUCCGCCUCCUCCAUACUCAUUGGAAGUGGAUGAAGCUGGACCGUCAGCGUCGGGCUCCGGGUCAGGCUCUGCGUCUCGUCCAGCAAGUGUAACGGUUCAGCCCCAUACGUCACCUCCAGCUCAAUCUGGAGCACUGAACAACAGCGCUAACGUUCCGUAUAAUCGAUCCGCAGAUACUUCCCCUCGCUCGUCAUAUGGCGGUCCAUCAUCACCGUCUUUCGCGUCUGGUUUUUCGUUAUCGUCGUACGCAGGGCCACCUAAUGUGCCUCACACGAUGAGUGGAUCUUCGGGAUCUUCUCAUACUGCUGCGCAGCAGUCGACUUCAGCGUAUAACGAUCCCAUAUCCUCGCUCACAAAUGACUUUGCUCAUCAAGAGAUUUCAUCUUCUUCCCCACCUCCACCUGUAUCUUCUACUCGACCUUCUUUUACAUCACCGCCUCCAGUUCAUCCUGCAUCAACAUCUGCCUACCGACCAACUCAAAGUCCCCCACAAUCUCAGUCAUCAUUUGGUGUAUCACCCCCACCUGUGCAUCCCUUAACGGCCAAACGUCCUUCAUCCUCCAGACCUGACUCGUCCGCAUCUUCCAGACCUCCGCCACGACCCGCACCUGAAACCCGCCCAGCCUCAGUCCGUCCCUCUCCUAGUGUCAAUUACCACACUCGUCCCCCUUCAAGACCCCAGCAGCAACAGCACUCGUCCCCUCAAUGGCCUCCACCGGAAUGGGGUACAUCUCCACCUGGACCCAGACCGGAAUCAGUUCCCUAUCCAGUUUAUUCGAGACCUUCAUCGCGCCCAGCCGGUUCUCCUCCUCGGCCUUUUGGCCGACCCUCUUCAGUUCCUAGACCUCCUUCUCCUGGCUCGUAUAGACCUCCAUCCCCACCCGUAUCAUUCCCUUCUGCCAUGGGACCGUCCUAUCCUCCAGAACCUGGACCCCCACCUCCUCCAAUGAUGUUCCCCGGGGCGGACACAUUCCCCAGCCCAGCACCACAAGAUCUGUACCGACCGACAUACGCCUACCCAGAACCUCAGCCGUCACCUCCGGGCUCUGGCACGUUCCCGGUACAAUCAGGUUAUCCCGGACAGUCGAGCUAUCCUGGGCAAGGACAGUCUAGUUAUCCAUCGUAUUCAUCAUAUCCCGGACAAGGACAAGGAUACCCUGGACAGUCUUCCUAUCCCGGACAGUUUGAUCAGCUUCCGCCUGGCGGAUACAUGUACCCACAGCCCCAGCCUCAGGGGUCAGGAUAUUACAAUAACACCACUCCUCCGCCUCCGCCUCCAAGCGAGUAUCGUUUUCGAGUCUUAGCUGCCUUUGAUUAACUUUUUCUUAGGGACAUCUACGAAUCCAGGCACCUCGUCGAUGCCGGCGUAUUUGGGCUCUGCGCUGACUGCAGUAGCGGGUAAGAAGCGGGGAGAUCAGCUUAUGCAAAGUGAG